AGACUAGAGAAACCAACGUCGAAGUGGUUGGAUGUUUUCGCGGCCUGUCGGACUGUUUCAUGCUGGGAACAAGGAAACGCCUCCAAGAAACCUAGGCUUUUAACAAGCGAUGAAAGCUCUGGACUAAAGCUCGGUGGGUCAGGAAAUAAUACAAACAGGAGAUCAGGAAGGGAGCGGGAAAUCAUUGUGAGUGGCCAUGGCCUACUCUAGCUACAGCAACCUGAGCAGGGCUCAGCUUACCUUUGAGUAUCUGCACACAAACUCGACAACUCACGAGUUCUUAUUUGGAGCCUUGGCAGAACUUGUGGACAACUCGAGAGAUGCUAACGCCACACGGAUAGACAUCUACACAGAGAAAAGGCCAGAGCUGCGGGGCGGCUACAUGCUCUGUUUUCUCGAUGACGGUAUAGGAAUGGACCCCAAUGAGGCAACCCAUGUCAUUCAGUUUGGAAAGUCAAACAAGAGAUCACCUGGAUCCACUCAAAUCGGCCAAUAUGGAAAUGGACUGAAAUCGGGCUCUAUGCGUAUCGGGAAAGACUUCAUCUUGUUCACAAAAAAGGGCAACACACUGACUUGCCUUUUCAUGUCAAGGACUUUCCACGAAGAGGAGGGACUGGAUGAGGUGAUCGUGCCUCUCCCCUCCUGGGACCUGAAGACCAAGGAGCCACUGACCUCUGACCCAGAGAAGUACGCCAUAGAGACUGAGCUGAUCUUCAAAUACUCACCUUUUAAAAAUGAACAGCAGUUGAUGGAGCAGUUCAACAAAAUAGAAAGUAGCAGUGGUACUCUUGUGAUUGUCUAUAAUCUGAAGCUGAUGGACAACAGAGAACCAGAGCUGGAUGUGGAGACAGAUCACCAGGACGUACUGAUGGCUGGGACUCCUGCUGAAGGAGUGAAACCAGAGAGGAGGUCGUUCAGGGCGUACGCUGCUGUUUUGUACAUCGACCCACGCAUGAGGAUUUUCAUACAGGGACAUAAAGUCAGGACCAAGAGACUGUCCUGCUGUCUUUAUAAACCAAGGGUUUAUAAAUACUCAUCGACUCGUUUCAAAACACGUGCUGAACAAGAAGUCAAGAAAGCUGAUCAUCUCGCUAAGAUCGCGGAGGAGAAAGCCCGAGAGGCGGAGAGCAAACGGUUGGCCUUGGAGGCCAGAUUAGGAGAGGACCUGUCAAAAGAGUCACGGGCAAUUCUGAGAAAGGUUCAGGAUUCAGCCAUGAUGCAUCGACAGGAUGCUGACAUGAAGAAAAGGAUCCUAGAAGCCAAACAGAAAGCAUUAAAGGAGCCAAAGGAGCUGAAUUUUAUAUUUGGAGUGAACAUUGAACAGAGGGACCUGGAUGGGAUGUUUGUAUACAACUGCUCUCGUCUCAUCAAGAUGUACGAGAAGACAGGACCCCAGCUGGAGGGAGGCAUGGCCUGUGGGGGUGUGGUUGGAGUAGUGGAUGUCCCAUAUUUAGUUCUAGAGCCUACUCACAACAAACAAGACUUUGCAGAUGCUAAGGAGUAUCGACAUUUACUGAAAUCCAUGGGGGAACAUCUAGCACAGUACUGGAAGGACACUAACAUUGAAAGCUUUCAGACUCUGUCGAAGCAUCCUGAGGCCUUAAGGGGAUUUGACCCCAAUCUGAACUUCAAUCAAUUUGAUACAGAUGGUAUCAACAAGUCAGACAUCAAGAGAGGGAGAGGCAGUGACAAAGUAAUAUUAAAGCUAGAGCAGAAUUCUCAGAAAGGCAUAGUGAAGUUCUGGGAUGAGUUUGGAUAUCUGUCCGCCAGCUGGUCUGCACCUCCGUCAUCAGAGUCAAGAUACAAGAGACGCCGCGCCAUGGAGAUACCACUUACCAUUCAGUGUGAUAAAUGUUUAAAAUGGAGAACACUGCCGUUCCAGAUGGACGCCGUAGACAAACGCUACCCAGACAGCUGGGUGUGUCUGAUGAACCCUGACAGCUCCCAGGACAGAUGUGACGCUCCUGAACAGAGACAGAAUUUGCCAUGUGGUGUUCUGAAGAAAGACAAACAGUCAGCUGAAGACAAACAGAAAGAGCUGACAGAGAAAAUCAAACAGCAACAGGAGAAACUAGAGGCCUUGCAGAAAACCACAACCAUCAAAUCUGCAGCAGAUCUGAAGAAGCUACCACUGGAAGUCAGCAUGAAGCCAACAACAGAGAGCUCCUCUCAGGCAACUCGGUCUUCAGAGAGGUCUGUAACACGCCCGCGCUCCCCACCUCUCCCAGCUCACCUCAAAAACGCCCCUAGUGCCCCUCCAUCUCGUGCCACUUCUCAGCGCCCCUCCCGGACAUCUGCCCCUCCCCCUCCGCCACCCAAAGUCGAGCCAUCCAGGUCCAGAGCUGCGGCAAAGCCUCCUCAACCUGCAGCAAAACCUGCACCCAAAGCUACUGCCAAAACACCCCCACCCAGCCGUGGCUCACGGACACCUGCCAAAGCAUCACCUGCCAAACCAGCAGCUGCUGGACAACGCAAGAGAAUAAUAGAGCAGGAGGACAGUGAGGAGGAGGAGGAGGAGGAGGAGGAGGAAGAAGAAGAAGAAGAAGAGGAGGAGGAAGAGGAGGAGAGCGAGGAGGAAGAACCACAGACAAAGAAAUCUAAGAUGGCUGCUGCUGCUAGUAACCGAGGGAAAGUGAUAGAAAAGACCCCGCCUCCCAAACGUGGCAAGGUGGACGAGGUGAACACACAUUCCCAGCCUGAGAAGAAAGGAGUUACUACUCCCACACGGCAGACACCAACCUCUCUCCCUAAAUCUAUUUCUACACAACAGCAUGGGGCUAAAGCCAAGACACCUGAGAAGGCUCCACAGCAGGAGCCAGAGAACGAUGCUAAAAAUGCUCAGAAAGAUAAGGGUCUGCUGGUUGAAGUACGUGUCAAUAAGGAGUGGUACACAGGAAAAGUCAUUGCUGUGGAGGCAAACAAACAGAGCGUUCGCUGGAAAGUGAAGUUUGACUACGUACCUAGAUCCACCCCUAAAGACCGAUGGGUGUUUAAGGGUAGUGAUGACGUCCGGUUGAUGCGUCCGCCAUCUCCAAUCUCUCAGACACCUGACACCCAGCAGGAGACUGAGAAGGGGCCGGCACCCAUGGAGCCAGACACUACUCAACCAGGAACCAGUCGAGAGGUGACGGACAGUCUGGUCACCAUGUUGAGGACGAUGCUACGUUACUUCUUUCCUCCUGCUUUUCGGAUUCCAAAGGAUGAUGUUAACAGCAUGACAGCUGAGGAGUUGGUGGCCUUUCCUCUGAAAGAGUAUUUCCAGCAGUAUGAAUCAGGUCUCCAGUCAUUGUGUAACUCAUAUCAGAGCCGAGCAGACGCCAGGGCCAAAGCUGUGGAAGAGAAGAGCAACAGCACCGAGGUCAAACUCAAGGAGGCAGACGAAAAGUUACAGAAACUACGAACAAACAUUGUAGCACUUCUGCAGAAAGUACAAGAGGACAUUGACAUAAACACAGAUGACGAGCUUGACGCCUACAUAGAGGACCUUCUCACCAAGGGUGAUUAAAGAAGACAGAAAAGAGAGAAAUCUAUAAGAGGGAGGAGGACAUGCACAUAAACAGACUGGCAGUUUUCAUUCCAGCCAUGACUUACAGAUGGCUCCCCAAGGAAGUUUGAUGUGAAUAUUUGGGGAUAUUUUCAUUGUUGAUCCUUCCACCUGUUAAAUCAGAUUGUCAUAAGUUAGAUUUUUGUUAUUUUGUGCGUUCCAGCAUUUAGUCAGCACCAGCAUGCUCUUUGAUUUUAGUGUUUCUAUAUCUUUGAGUAGCCGUCUGACCUGUGGGUUUUUUUUUAUCCCUUUCAUAUACCUGCUUUUUAUAUGUUAAUCUAUGUUUAAGCCAUCAUAUCCUAAUUGACCGGUCAAAUAAUUUGAGUUGGUUUAAUACAGUUUCUGCUCCCUUUAAAAAGUCAACUAAUGUUUUGACAAACUGGAGGCUACAUUUGUUCUUUUCCAUUUCGCUCCAUCGUCAGGUGAGAAUUAGACAAAGUGACUCAAGACUUUGGCUCGAUCAGGCUGUGCGCUCCACUGCAGUCUGUGUGUUAACAUUAACUUUUAUUUUUGUACACUAAAGAAACAUCAGUGUUGCCCAUUUACCUUCCUCCAUCCUGGCCUGCCUUACAAGCAAACCAGGUUAAUCUAUUACGGUUGGGUGGUGUGCCGCACCCACAAACAAGAACUUUUUACUGGGUUUUAUCAGUAUGAUUACUCCCUUAAAUCCCUACUGCAUUUAAGCAAUGACUGUUCUGUGUUUAUUUUUGGAAGAAAAAAAAAUCUGAGUUUAAUGCAAAAGUUGUGUGUUCAUAAUUAUCUGGUGCCUGUGUCCUUCUUUUUGAACAGAUUUUUAACAUGUCAUGGAAGUGUUUUAUUAAACGGUGCAUGCUGUAAGUCUUUUUGUUCUGAUUAGAACAAAGGAUUCUGUAUUUUUGACAAAUCUUUACUUAGAACAAUAAAACUGGUUCCACAACA